AUGAACGGCCGUGCACUCAACGAGAAGGCUAUCGAGGUCUCGCCUUCUUCCUCGCGUGUACUCGACCGUGCCGCUGACAUCCUGACCGCCUUCCCUCCCAGCAAGAACCGUCCUCGUCCUGGCGAUUGGACUUGNCCCUCUUGCGGCUUCUCUAACUUCCAGCGCCGCACUGCUUGCUUCCGCUGCUCUUUCCCCGCCAUGGCUGCAGCUCCUGACCCGAUGUACGGCUAUGGCUAUGGACACCCUGGCAUGAUGGGUCCUCCUGGACACCACAUGGGUCAUCACCACAUGGGUGGCGGUGGCAUGCGUGGCGGCGGUUCCACUCACGUUCCUUUCCGCGCAGGCGAUUGGAGAUGCGGUGCCGAGGGUUGCAACUACCACAACUUUGCCAAGAACGUCAGCUGUCUUCGUUGUGGUGCUUCCCGUGCAAGUGCCGCCCUGGUGGCUGAUUCCAACUUCCAGCAGGUCGACGGAUCUCAAGGCUACGGGAUGGCCCCUCCUUCUAUGGCCGGCACUCCUGGACCUGCCCCCUAUGCCNNCCCUCAGCAAGGCGGCUUCAACUCUGCCGGAAACUUCCCUGGCCAGAACUACGGUGGUCCGCAGUCAACCUACGCUCUUCCCUCCGGUCUUGGUGCCGGUACCUCCCCCUACCCCGCCAUGAGCUCUGCCUACGGCCACAACGCCGGCAUGCCCUCUGGUGGCUUCGACAGCCGUGCUGAGGCUGCUUUCUCCGCAGGUCAGAACAACUCCUCGUUCUCCAACGGUGGUGGUAUGUACGCCGGCGAGCAGGCCACNCCUGACCCAUUCACCUUCCUGAGCAGUGGCCUCAGCGGUCUUAGCGUCUCGGACGAUGCUCGUCGCAACGGCACCAACCCCUCCAAGUCUCCUGCAUAG